CUCACCUCUGGACGGCCCGUCCUUCAUGCAGAGGGCCAGUUCGUGGAGUGCCAUUUCAGCACCUCUCAAUUUGUACCCUUCAGGAGAGUGGGAAAAAGGCAACUUAAAGAAAUUCUUCGAGAAGCGGUUGCUAAUGACAGCCCUAAACAUAGCUGUAAACAGAAACGCUUUAAGGUAUUCCAAGACAGUCUUGGAUUCUGGAUUCCACGGUUGGGAUUCCGGACUCCAGGUACUGGAUUGCGGAAUCUGGAUUCCGGAUUCCAAUCGUUAGUGGGAUUCUGUGUUCCUUGAACUGAAUCCUGGAUUUCCAAAGCGCAGGGUUCUAGAGUCCACAAGCAACAAUUUCCCGGAUUCUGGAAACUGGACCCCCUCACUUAGGGUGAUUAUUACGUCAAAAGCUAGAAAUAUUUCUCAAGCAGCUUUUUGCUAUGUUAAGUGUGCUACUUCCUAAAAAAAAACCGUGGCGUUUUAGUAGUUUUAAGGUUAAAAGUCAUGUUGCAUUCAAAUUGAAUUUAUAAGUCUUUAAUUUUCAUUCUAAAGGUAAUGAGCAAUAAUUUCCUCCACUGCUUCUUAUAAUCACGUAAUAUACCUACAUGACAGUUUUCAUGUUAAGGGCUGUGCCCGAAGAAAUCCCCAAGUAAAACCAUUCAAACGAAAGCUACUGAGCUGUUCUUUCCUGGUGAACUGGGUAUUACAAAGUAAAAGGUGUUUCUAACCUUAGAGUGGAUGUAGGAUAAAUCCUAUAGAAAGACCGCUGAAUGUGAAAGCAGUACGUCCCUGUGGCGCUAUUUAUUGCACCCGAGUACAAGAUGCUUCUAAAUUUGAGUCUAGAAGGUGAAAUCCUCAAAUAUAAUGAUAUGCUCUAUAAAGCUACAUAUACAGCUUGAAUAUGGUAUAUCCAGCCCCAGCAUUCACUUGGGAAGAGCAAGGUAUAUAAAAAGGAAGGUGGUGGGGGAGGGUACAUCUUGCCACUGAUGCUGUCAAAUCUCACCACGUCGCUUAAUCUUUGUUGCUUUUCAGCUUCAAAAGAUAGAAAACGAUUCAAGACGUGACGAGUUUGAACUGACUUAUCUGAGGGAAGCCUCUUCAGAAAACACUACAAACAAAACUGAAUUUCAGAAUCAGCAACAUCGACGACAACAACAACAAUUUUUCAUACAACUGUUACGGUGGAUUACUCUGGAAGGGGAUGAAUUUGUUCACAUUGAGACUUUUUCAGAUCUAGAAGAUGUGUUUUUAUUAUUGGACGUCAUUGCAAAAUUACGAAAUCCUCUCUUAACUACUGUACUGAUUAGUGAACCCGACCCACACCUUAUAACUGUGUCAACCUCUAGUGUUCAUGUCGACGUGGAGUGUCUGCUGUUUUGCAUGUUUCCGACGUAG